AUGGCUGAAAAAAGCAAGAUUUUGAUCAUUGGAGGAACUGGUUAUAUAGGAAAAUUCAUAGUUGAAGCAAGUGCAAAAUCUGGGCAUCCCACCUUUGCUUUGUUUAGAGAGAGCACAAUUUCGGAUACUGUUAAAGGAAAACUCGUUGCGGGAUUCAAAAACUCUGGUGUAACCAUAUUAAUUGGAGAUUUAUAUGAUCAUGAGAGCUUGGUGAAGGCUAUAAAGAAAGUGGAUGUGGUUAUAUCUGCAGUGGGACACUAUCAGUUGGCUGAUCAAGUGAAGAUCAUUGAUGCAAUUAAACAAGCUGGAAAUGUUCAGAGAUUCUUCCCUUCAGAGUUUGGAAAUGAUGUGGAUCGCGCUCGUGCAGUCGAGCCAGUGAGGUCGAGUAAUUUUGCGGUUAAAGCCAAAAUCCGAAGAGCUGUAGAGAGAGAGAGAAUUCCUCACACCUUUGUUUCAUCGAAUUCAUUUGCUGGUUAUGCACUUGCAACCCUGUCUCAGCUUUCAACCACUUCUCCACCUAGAGAUAAAGUUACUAUUGUAGGAGAUGGCAAUACCAAAGGCGUCUUCAAUGACGAACAUGACAUUGGCACCUAUACCAUCCAAUCUGUGGAUGAUCCGAGAACACUGAACAAGAUCCUCUACAUCAAGCCUCCUAAAAAUGUGUAUUCGUUCAACGAGCUAGUAGCUUUAUGGGAGAAGAAGAUCGGAAAAAAUCUCGAGAAAGUCCAUGUUCAAGAGGAGGAACUUCUGAAACAGAUCCAAGAAUCUCCAUCACCAAUCAAUUUCUUACAGGCAAUCAACCACUCAAUUUUCAUAAAGGGUGAUCAAACCUAUUUUGAGAUUGAGCCAUCAUUUGGAGUUGAGGCAUCCGAGCUCUAUCCAGAUGUCGAAUACACUACCGUAGAGGAGUAUCUCGAUCAGUUCGUUUGA